UAGUCAGUCUUGCCUCUCACCAUGUUACGAAGAAAACCGACUCGGGUUGAGCUUAAGAUUGAUGAUCUGGAAGAGUACAACAAAAAAGUGAAAGAAGAGCGCGAAGCUGCGAAUCGGCUGACAAAAGUGGACCCGAACUUGACCCCAGAGGUUUUCACGACCAAGUCCAGGACUGAAAUGAUUCAUGCUCGGAUCGGCUAUGACCCCAAGCCAUUACCACAACCGUCAACUUUGCCUCAUUAGAUUCCCUUAAUUUUUUAUCUUCUUCCUACGGCCUUUGACGUGAGACACAGACUAGAUUUUCAACAAUGAAGCUCAGCGACAUGGCACGACUCGUUCAUCGUUCUUGUGCCCUGGUUAAGGGAAAUUUUGUGUCGAGAUCAAAUCUGCUUUCCAAAGACACUGUGCUUUUUAAUCAUAGAACAUUCCUGACCCUCAAAAACUUUUCAGUAUCGAGUAAAUAUCAUUCAAAAUGUGGCCUGCACUGUCGGAGAAAUGGAGCUUUGUCAGCGGGCUCCAUCAACAGUGAGACUACGUAUAAAAGUAAACCUUCCCUCCUGCCAGUGGUGAGGAGGAACUCUGUGUUUGCCGGAGGUGUCUCCCUGGGUCCCAGGGUGUGUCUGAUCAAAGCUGCCAGAUCUUUCCACUCCUCUCGUCAUGACUUGGCCCAGGAAGUGUCGAAGCUUCGUGUGAACGGGAACGACGAGUGUGUGGAGGUGACCGUUGGUCAGCAGGUCCUGAGGAUCCCGUUUGUUUGGCUUCGAGACCACUGCAGGUCGGAACGGUAUUACAAUCACGCCACCUACCAGAAGAACCCGGACGCUGAGCUCUUGGAACGGGACCUUGUGCCAGACGAGCUGUCAGUGACGGACGGAAACUCUGGAUUAAGGAUCACAUGGAGAGAUGGUCACACGUCAGAGUUCUCGGCAAAGUGGUUGCAGGAAAACUUCUUCCCAGGGCGGGCGGGCGGCGUGGCUGGCAGGCGUCUGUGGAACAGCGCAGACAUCCAGUCGGAGCUUCCUCGCGUCUCCCACGCCGAGCACAUGGAGUCUGAGGCUGGUCUGAGGAAAACCCUGUCCAAUCUGAUCACUCACGGCAUCUGCCUGGUGGAUGGGGCCCCGGCAUCACUGGACGGCACACAGGCGGUAGUGGAGAGGGUGUGCUUUGUUCAACGUACCAUUUUUGGAGAAAUGUGGAGCUUCUCGUCCAACGCGGCGCGAAGUGACACCGCGUACACGGGGAUUGCUCUCGGGGCGCACACGGACACAACCUACAUGGACUUACCUGCUGGCAUCCAGGUGUUCCAGUGUUUGGAGCACAACGGCAGCGGUGGGAAAACGCUUCUCGUCGACGGCUUCAGGGCUAUCGAGGAGCUGCGGCAGACGAACCCGGAGGCGUACGAUGUGUUGUGUCGGGCGGUGGUGCCUCACGAGUACGUGGAAGACCCCUGCCCACACAGCCCUGGGUACCACCUGCACAGCCUGGGUACGGUCAUACAAGCACACCCGGCGUCAGGGGAAACUAUUCAGCUCAGGUUCAACCCUUACGACCGAGCUCCGUUGAACACGGUGGCCCCCGAGUCACUUGAGCAGUUCUACCGCGCCUAUGACCAGCUGAGCCGCAUCAUCGCGAGGAAAGAGGGCGAGCUGUGGGUCAAGUUGACCCCGGGCACGGUCCUACUGGUGGACAACUGGCGGGUCAUGCAUGGUCGGUCCGCCUACGACGGUCACCGGGUCAUUUGUGGCUGCUACCUGCCCCGCGACGAGUGGAUCUCCAAGGCCAGGGUGAUGGGCUUGCUGUGAGUCGGCAACGAGCUGAGAUGGAUGAAACGUGGUCAUCUUCAGUAUGCAACUAAAGGAAAGAACUUUGAAUAUUGCCCGACUUUAUCAUCCUUCUCAUGUUGCUAUAAUAAGUUCCUGUGUUCCAAAUGAAACUUUUCCAUCGGUUAUCAUGGUUGUUCUGAUUUUGAAAAUGUCUGAUAAGUUGUCACAGAAGAUAUUGUGGAUUGGGUUUUGACUUUUAUUUUUCGUAUGCAUUUCAUUUUCCCAGUUUUAAUGGGAAUUUUUCCUUUCCAUUAUUUUGGAAACUUCCAGUUUCCUUGUGUUUUACGCAAUACUUUAUUUUACCUGUCAAGUGUACCUGCUCUUGUGAUUUGUAUGCGUAUUUCUGUUAUAAAGGUUCCGCUCAUAUAAACACUUUAUCAGCAACAAACCCCUAUGACACAGAUUCAAAAUUAUCGGAGGAAUCUUAACCCUUUGAGAGGCGAAUUAAUUUGCACUGUCCAGUCCCCCAGAGGCCAGUUAAUCUGAAACUUCAUGAAAAUUAGGGUGGGUCAUGAGAAAAUGCUUAUUUCCUUAUUUUUUAAAAUAGAAAUUUGAAUCAAACAUCAUUGAACUGGAAACUGAAUGAAAAAAAAACAUGUGAAACAAAAUUUUGAUACAAAA